CGCAUGCGCGCACAGAAGGUAAACAAAUAUGGAGACGUAUGUGCACGUUUUUACUGUCCAAUUUACUUUUGACAAAUAUUGAUAUUACAUAUUUUUUCUAUGAAUAAUCUUCAUCGGGACUUGUAGAACGAGUCUUUGCCGGUUGUCAGCCCCCAAAUAUAUGAAUUCUAAAACUGAAUUGUUGCAACGUGCAAUGUAAUGGCAGAAAAUAUAACGUUAGAUGCAGUGAAAAAGUGUUUGAGAGACUUCCCUCUGGAGGCACGUGAGCUAUAUCUCAAUAAAACAGUGCCAUGUCUAGAGCAGCCCUUAUCCCCGCUUGAGUUCUACCGGGAAUGGAUUGGUCCAAAUAAACCCUGCGUCGUCCGGAAUGCUUUCAGUCAUUGGCCAGCCUUGUCCAAAUGGAAUCCCUCCCAUCUCCGGGAAGUGGUGGGUUCCAAGGUCAUCAGUGUGGCCGUGACCCCAAAUGGCUAUGCAGACGCAGUGAACCGGGACCGCUUUGUAAUGCCUGAGGAGCGACUGAUGACAUUCUCCUCUCUGCUGGAUGUUGUGGAGGGGAAGGUGGAGAGCAGAGGAGUGUUCUACGUCCAGAAACAGUGUUCUAACCUGACCGAGGAGCUACCAGAGCUGACUGGAGACGUGGAGGCUCACAUACCCUGGAUGAGUGAAGCCCUCGGGAAGUUACCAGAUGCAGUGAAUUUCUGGUUAGGAGAAGCCAGUGCAGUCACGUCGAUGCAUAAGGACCACUAUGAGAACCUGUACUGUGUCAUCACUGGAGAGAAACACUUCAUCCUUCUCCCUCCGUCUGACCGGCCCUUUAUCCCGUAUGAGCACUACCAGCCUGCAGUGUACAGACAGAGAGAAGACGGGGACUUCGACGUGGUUGAUGUGGCAGAUUCAGACAAGGUUCCUUGGAUACCAUUGGACCCGUUAAAGCCAGACCUGGAGCGUUACCCUGACUACCGCCUGGCACGCCCACUCCAUGUUACUGUCAAGGCCGGGGAGAUGCUCUACCUGCCCUCUCUCUGGUUCCACCAUGUCCGCCAGUCUCACGGUUGCAUUGCAGUGAAUUUCUGGUAUGACAUGGAGUAUGACAUCAAAUACAACUACUUCCAGCUGGUGGAGUCGCUGGCUGGAGCUGUGGGGCCGCUUUGACAUCACAUUAAAUUAAUCUGAUAUACCAGCAAAUGUCGUUAUGUGGUCUCUCAAAUUGCACCCUAAUCCCUUUAUAGUGCACUACUUUUGACCAAGGCCCAUAGGGCUCUAGUUAAAAUUAGUUCUGUAUAUAGGGAAUAGGGUGCCAUUUGGGAUGUAUCCUAUGUAAAUAAAGCGCUCAGUCUGAAAAAACAA